AUGAUAUCAGAACUUCACAUCGAUCUUCUAUUCACAAUCUCUUUCAUAUUUUUAUCUGCUCUACAAUUCUGUGAUUGUGCUAUUCUAUCGAAUAGUUCAAAAGUGCCUCAAGUUCCGGGUAUGGAAAUUAUGGCUUCAGAUAAGUAUCCACAUUUUACGAUGAUCGAGCGUGUCUCGAAGAGCAGCUAUCAUCGCUUUCGACGACAAGUGAUAGCUGGUCCAAUUUACGAAUGGACCAACUAUGAGAUACCGUUCACGAUUUGGGGUGGCGACUACAAUUUUCAAAAUCUCAUUCGACGAGGAGUUCGAAUGUGGGAAGAAGCAACGUGUUUACGGUUUCGUGAGACCAAUGUGGCGAGAGAUGGCAUCAGGGGCAUUACCCAAUCUAUCAUGAACCGUGGACGAAUUGCCCGUGAGAGGACUGAUAUUUCUUGCACGGCACCUCCAAAUACGAAAGACUCAUUUGCAUGCUCACCUUGCAGAUAUGUACUCGAGAAAGGCGAUAGUUGCUUCACGGAAUUCAUCGGACGAAAUGGCGGUUUUCAGGAUAUUAUUAUUGGUAGUGAAUGUGCUGAGGAAUACGUUGUUGCGCACGAAACUGGGCAUGCAUUAGGCUUUUGGCAUACACACCAACGCCCCGAUCGAGAUCGUUACAUUUCGGUGAACUGGAAGAAUGUGCUGGAUGAAGCAACCGCAUCGUUUAUGCCCUUCAGGAGUAUGUUACAAGCGUUUGGAAUCGAACAGAUAUCAAGUCGACGAACUCCAUACGACUACGGAUCACUGAUGCACUAUCAUGCCGUGGCGCAUGCAAUUAAAGUAUCUGACUUCACGAUAGUACCAAAAGAGUUGAAGUACGUCACCACGAUGGGAACUGAACGAAUGGCAUUCUUGGAUGCAAAAAUCAUCAACGAUAUCUACUGUCCCAAGGUUUGUUACGGUCGGCAGCGAUUGAACUGCAAUGCGGGUGGCUACCCGGAUCCAAACAACUGCAACAUACUAUCGUUUGUUUGGAAAUUGAUAAUGGCUGAUGAAAUCUUUCAGCGUGCGGAUCUGAACUCGUUGCAACAGACCAAUGGCAAGUGCUUUCAAGUCCGCCUGGAAAGAACAUUAAUUGCUAUUGGAGAAUAUCGGUUCGCGUUCCAACUCAUGUUGUUGAGGGUGCCACAAGGAAGUAAAAUUCGUUUCCGACUGAGUGAUGGUGAAUUUCCAUGUUCAUACGGUUGUCAAUCGUAUGUGGAGAUCAAACACAAACUCGACGUCCGACUGACUGGUUUCCGAAGGUUUUCGUUUGUUGAUAAAUUUAUUUUAGGUUUCAGUUAA